UUCCAGCAAAGAAUAGCACAACUCCUCCCAAGCCUUGAAGAUCAAGAAAAGUAGAAGGAUAGGAGGAGCAACAAAAACCACCCCAGAAAAGAAUACCAUCAACAAAAGAUAUGAAGCUCGAUUGGUGUCCGGAAACAGCCACCAAGGCUUUUCUUGAUACUGUGCAAACAUGUAAAGUUGUUUACAAUGAAUCCAGUGUAGCAGAGAUGGUAUCAGCCAUGGCAGCCGGAUGGAAUGCAAAAUUGAUUGUGGAAGCUUGGUCACAAGGUGGGAUGAUGGCAACAAGCAUUGGCCUGGCAAUUGCGAGCCAUCACUCUGGUGGAAGGCAUGUUUGCAUAGUUGCUGAUGAAGCCUCAAGGUCAAAGUACAUUCAAGCAAUGGAGAAAGCCGGAAAAUCGCCUGAAGUCAUCGUUGGUGAGCCGGAGGAGGCUAUGAACGGAUUAGAAGGUAUUGAUUUCAUGGUUGUGGAUUGCAGGUGCAACGAUUUUGCUAGAAUUUUCAAGGUGGCUAAGCUAGGUGAAAAGGGUGCGGUUUUGAUACGCAAGAAUGCUUUGGCCAAGGCUGAAUCAGAUUUCAGAUGGCGUACGGUUCUUGAUGCUAAAGCAAGGAUUGUCCGCGCAGUUCUUUUGCCUGUGGGGAAAGGAUUGGAUGUUGCACAUGUUGGAGCAAGAGGUGGGAACACAGGCCCAAGAAAGGGCGAGAGAAGAUGGAUUAAAUACAUUGAUCGACAAACAGGAGAGGAGUUCAUCAUCCGGAAGUGAUUUCUCAAUUGAAUUAGAUCAUCAGUCAUCAGUCAUCAGUCAUGGAAGGGCACGCACCUUAGGAUUC